AUGGCGAAGCAAGUUGUGGCGACGCCCACGCUUUUUAUCGAUGGCAAGUGGGAGCAUGCAAGCGAUAGCAAAACGAGCCAAGUGCUGAAUCCGUAUGAUGGUAGCGUACUGGCUGAGGUAGACGAGGCAACACCGGACGAUGCGAGACGCGCGAUUGCCGUCGCCAAGACCUUCUUCUGCGAAUCCGAUUGGCGCGAUCGGCCAAUUGUGGACCGGUGUGCGCUACUCGUGCGCUUUGCGGAUUUGUUGCAAGAGCGCAAGGAGGAGCUGGCCGAAAUUGAGACGCUUGAUACCGGGAAGACGCUGAAUGAAAGCAAGAUUGAUAUUGACGACGUGACCACUGUGUUCCGUUUCUAUGCACAAGAGGCGCGCAAGCUUGCAUUGGAAAAGCAUAUUAAAGGGGAUGCGAUUCCUGAUUCUGUGCAGAGCAUUGUGGUGCAUGAGCCUGUGGGUGUAUGUGUGCUGAUCACUCCCUGGAACUAUCCGAUUCUCCAACUUUGCUGGAAGCUGGCGCCGGCGCUUGCCGUCGGCAAUGUCGUGAUUAUGAAGCCAUCUGAAGUGACGCCUUUAUCGACCGUCUACCUUACUAGGAUGCUUGUGGAUGCGGGAUUUCCCCCAAAUGCCGUGCAGCUGCUCACCGCCAAGGGCGCGACGAUUGGCCCGAUAUUGACAGAGAGCGAAGAUGUGGACCUUGUCUCGUUCACCGGCGGGCUUGGUACGGGUCGCAGCAUUAUCAAGAGCUGUGCCGAUACGGUGAAGCGCUGCACUGUCGAACUGGGCGGAAAGAAUCCGAAUGUCGUGUUUGCUGACUGCGACUUGGCAUGGGCGGUAGACAAUGUCAUCACCGCCAUUUUCACGCACUCUGGCCAAGUAUGCUCUGCAGGCGCGCGUCUGAUUGUCGAAGAUUCCAUUGCUGAUCAGCUAGUAGCGGGUGUCGUGGAACGUGCUGGUCAAAUCGUAAUGGGCAACGGGAUGGAUCCCACGUCGGAAACGGGGCCGCUCGUUUCUGCACAGCACCUUGCCAAAGUCGAGGAGUAUGUCAAAAUUGCGCGCGACGAAGGCGCCAGUAUCUUGUGCGGCGGCACACGUCCCGACCCUGCCAAGCAACCGGACUUGGCCAAAGGCUACUUUUUUUUACCCACCGUGAUUGACCGCUGCAACCGCACCAUGAGCAUUGUCCAGGAAGAGACGUUUGGCCCAAUCUUGACCGUCGAACGGUUUAAGGAUGGGGACGAAAAGGGAGCGAUUGCACUGGCAAACGAUACCAAGUACGGUCUUGCAGGCGGUGUGCAAACCAAGGACCAGGCACGCGCACUUCGCGUCGCGCGCCAGCUGCGCCACGGCACGAUAUGGACCAACACGUACGGCGCUUAUACGGCACAGGCCGAGUGGGGUGGUUUUGGCCUCUCUGGCAACGGCCGUGAGCUGGGCAGCAAAGGCCUGGACGAGUAUGUGGAGACGAAGCAUAUCUGGAGCGAGACAAAGCCGGCACUUAUGGGCUGGUUCAAAGGUGGUGCACACAUGUAG